AUGAGUUUGGAGCUUCAUAGUGACAGUAUGAGUGCAAUUCUUCUUGCUAAGCACAUUGAUUCUCAUGCCAAGGCAAAGCACAUUCAACUGAGCUUCUUCAAACCUGCAAGUAGAGAACAUAGUAUCAUCAACGGUCAUGAUGAGAGAUCAUUAUCAUCUUCUGCAAGGCCGCGGUUUGUUUCAGCCGAGUUUAAUGGGGGAGCUGGAUUGGCUAAGUUUAAACUAGCCCCUUCGACUUCAACCCCUAUCCCCAGUCCUGCUUACUUCUCCAUGACUGGAGGCAUCAGCCCCACUGAGCUUCUUCGCUCUCCAAUGUUUCUUUCUUCCUCAAAUAUGACGGCUUGUUCUCAAGAAACUGAGAGCUUAUCUUCACAAGCCUUCAAGUGGAAAAAUAGCAGUAUUAACUAUAACCAAGGAAUAAUGGAGGAAUCCAAGUCCUACUCUGAUCAUAUAUCCUUCCAAAAUUCUGGCAGAUCGGCAAACUCGCAACCUUCUUGUUUUCUUCCUUCAACCGCGGGUCUAGUGAUGUCUUCGGAAAAAGAAGCACUAAGAGAACACCAACAACUAUGGAGCUACAAACAUCCAAAUGAAUCAAAUUCAUCAAUGUUUCCAUUUGCUCCACAACCAAGCAGUCAUGAGGAGCCUGAGCACCUCAACAAUUCAAUCAUGGCGGCUCAAACCCUAAGUGAUCAAAGGGGAACAGAAGAUGGAUAUAAUUGGAGAAAAUAUGGUCAGAAGCAAGUGAAAGGAAGUGAAAAUCCUAGAAGCUACUAUAAGUGCACUUACCCUAACUGCCCAUCAAAAAAGAAAGUCGAGAAGUCUUUAGAAGGCCAAAUAACUGAGAUUAUAUACAAAGGAAAACAUAAUCAUGCAAAACCUAUGCCAACAAGAAGGAACACAUCUUGUUUCGGAUCAGAACAGGUUCAUUUAAAUUCUCAAAUGCUUGAUUCUACAGCAACUACAGAGAAUUCUUCAGCUUCAUAUGGAGAAAAUGAUUUUCAUAUGAACUCUAUGAGGACAAAAUCUCAGGGAGAUGGUUUUGAUGAGGAUGAGCCUGACUGGAAGAAAUCAAAAAAUGAUUCUGAGAGUGAAGAAAUCUCAGGCAAUGGAAACAUAAGAACGCCUAAAGUAGUGAUUCAAACCACAAGCGAUAUGGAUGUUCUCGAUGAUGGCUAUCGGUGGAGGAAGUAUGGGCAAAAGGUGGUGAAGGGGAAUCCAAAUCCAAGGAGCUACUACAAGUGCACAAGUGCUCGUUGCCCGGUGAGAAAACAUGUAGAGAGGGCAUCGACAGAUCUAAGGGCAGUGAUCACUACAUACGAAGGGAAGCACAAUCAUGGCGUCCCUCCACCUCGAGGAAAUGGAAGCAUGAUUAGCAAGCCAAUGCUGAACAACAACUUCUACGAUUUCAAUAAUUUUACAAUGCCAACAAGGCCGAUGGCCAUGCCAACCCACAUAAGCCAGGUGGCUAAUGAUUCCUUGUUUGGUUCGAGGCAAAACUUCGGAUUGGACAGCUUCGGGUUCUCGAGAUUUGAUAAUGUGAUGGGUGGUUUUUAUGGAAAUCAGCAGCAGCAGUAA